UCGGACGCCGGCCGACGGUCAGGGGCGCGAAUCGUCCGCCGCCACCGCAUGGUAGUGCGCCGGCCGUGCUCUCCGCCCGAGUGGGGACAUGUGAGCGGCCUGCCGGCCGGCAGGGGACAGCGUCGAACCAGCUAACGGUCGGCCGGCGCGCGGCACGUGACCAAGAUGGCCGCCUUCGUGGCGAAACAGAUGAUGGGCAGUCAGCUGAAGGCCGUCAAAGUGUUGAGAAGGAUGCUGUGACGUGGCCCAACUUUCUAUCUGUUCUUUCUCUACAAAGCGCCCCUGCGACCCUGUCCCUUCACUGCCGGUCGCCCCUCCCUUUCUCUGUCCCUCUCCUCCCUCCCUCUCUGUCUCUCUCGCUCCCCGCUCGCACCGCUCGCGCUCUGCAAGUGAUCACCGGUGACUCGGCGGGCCGAUCGUCCAACUCCUCUUCACUCGAGCGCCUCUGCGGCCGGCCAAACUAGCCAGCCAUGUUCGGAAUGCUCAACCCGAUGAGCGCCGUCACCAGCCAGCUGCCGGGCGCCGGCGGCGGCGAUGACGACGGCGACAAAGAGAAGGAGGAGGAGGCGGAGAGAGAGCGGCUGGAGGCCAUCGCAGAGGCCGAGGAGCGCCGCAAGGAGAAACACCGCAAAAUGGAGGAGGAGCGCGAGCAGCUGCGGCAGGGCAUCCGCGACAAGUAUAACAUAAAGAAGAAGGUGGUGGAGGAGGCGGCGAUGCCGGCCGAGCCCGACAACCCGCUGAUGCGGAAGAAGAAGACGCCCGAGGAGCUGGCCCGCGAGGCGGAACUGGCAGACCAGGACGAGUUCACCAAACUGAAAAACUCGCUGGAAACGCAAGUGAACGAAAUAAAGCAGCAGAUCGAAGAGAAGAUGAGGUCAAUCCAUGGGAAGUGUGUUUUGCAAUGAGGCGGCCCUCAAGCGGGACUAUGCAAGCGGCCGCCCAGCUGCGGCCGACUGGCGGACCGCUGAGCUGAACUGAGCGGACCGGGCACGCCGCUGAACGGAGAUCUGGCACCGGGCGUGCCCCCGCCUGCGGCCGGCGCUGCCGUGCGGCCGCGGGGAGACGCGUCGGUCCGUCCGAGCGCCGCUGCCGCCGCGCGCCGACCGCAGGCCGCCGCCGCCGCCGCCGCCGGCGCGCCGGGCCGGCCGCCGUGCGCUGGCCGGCCGGGCCGUCCGCGCGCCCUCGCCGGCCGUGACUUCUGGACCCCCGCAGUGGCGGCGGCGACCCUCGGCCCUCCCCUGGGUGUGCUCUGUACGUCUGUGUGUCCCGGCACAGGGUCGCGGCCGCCCCUGUCCACGGCUGGCGGGCGGCGCCGCGGCGCGCGCCCCACCACUGGCGGCCCCCCUCCCCUCCCCGCGUCCCCUCGGUCACUGUCGCCCGCCCCCGCCCCCGCCCCGAGCGGCCGCCGGCGCGGGGCGCGCGCCGCCCUCCGACCGUCCGGCCGCCACGGCGAGUCGGCCGGCGCGGCGAUACACACACGGCCGCCAGUCGCCAGCCGAGACCGCUCCCGCUCCCGUGUCUGUGUAACAAAGGUACCAAAGUCUUAGCAACGAGUGUCGGCCGGCGGGCCGCGAACUGGACGCCGCCGCGGCGAGAGUAGCCUAGCGCGCGCGGCGCCGCGCCGCCGCUGGUGUACAGCGGUGGCCUGUGCAGUGGUAGCCGUAGCGCGCGCCCGGCCGGCGGUCUCAGCACCGCUCCGUAGGCCUUAUCUUGUUUGGGCGCCGCCGCUAUUUCGCCGGUAGGCCUGUAGCCAGGCCCGGCUUGGUUGCGCUCGCCGGCGUCCGGCAGAGCCCCCUCGCCAGGCCGUUGUAGGCAUCAGGCGUUCCUUGUUAUUGUGCAGACGUUUUGUUAUAACAGGAAUAAAUCUUACGGUGAAAACUGC